CAGGGGCAACACAACACAAUCACUGAGGAAACAUGAGCUCCUUCAGCCUUUGCAUUGUACUGACCCUGGCUUUGGCAGUUUACUGUCUUCCAGUUGCAGAAAUUAAUCGUCAAGAUGAAAGUUUGGCAGAGGGUUACCUGAAGUUAUUCUUCAACCUAACGGAAGAAAGCGGACCUUCCAGACGUGGGAUCAGUCAGCUCAGCAAGCGGCUGAGUGAAAUGCAGAGGUUCUUUGGUUUACAAAUCACGGGAACGCUGGAUGCUGACACCUUGGCGAUGAUGAAGAAGCCCCGCUGUGGCGUGCCAGAUAAUAACUUGGCCCGUUUCUCCACUUUUGGAAACAACCUCAAGUGGCAGAAAAAAAGUCUGACAUACAGAAUAGAGAACUACACCCCCGACAUGUCACGCUCAGAAGUCGACAAUUCAAUCGAAAAAGCCCUGAACGUUUGGGCCAAAGUUACUCCUCUUAAAUUCACGAGAUUGUACAGCGGCACAGCGGACAUCAUGAUUUCAUUUGGUCGCCAGUCACAUGGUGAUUAUUACCCCUUCGAUGGCCCCGAUGGAACUCUGGCCCAUGCCUUCGCCCCAUCUUCUGGCAUUGGAGGAGAUGCUCACUUUGAUGAGGAUGAGACCUUUACCUUCCGAUCAAAUUCUGGAUAUGUCCUUUUCAUGGUUGCAGCCCAUGAGUUUGGUCACUCUUUGGGCUUAUCUCAUUCUGAUGACCCAGGCGCCCUCAUGUACCCCACGUACUCGUAUAGAAAUCCUGACACAUUCGUCCUGCCCCAGGAUGAUGUCAAAGGCAUCCAGACUUUAUAUGGCCCGAACACAGAUGCUCAGCCAGGACCUCCACCCCCCACAACUCCUGAUGCUUGUGACUCGACCAUGGUGCUUGAUGCUGUGGCUACCCUGCGAGGAGAAAUGCUUUUCUUUAAAGACGGUUUCUUGUGGCGAAGCUUCCCUCAGGCCAGGUCACCUCAGCAGAGUCGAAUCACCAACUUUUGGCCCAGUGCUCCAGUCAACAUCGAUGGCGCUUACGAGAACCAACAUGCCGACCGAGUCUACAUCUUCAAAGAUAAGCAAGUGUGGGCUUUCGCUGGCUACAAUCUAGUCCGUGGCUAUCCCCAAACACUCACUACAUUCGGCCUGCCCAGAAGUGUGAGGAAAAUUGACGCAGCGUUCUAUGAUGUGGAAUCAAGAAAGACUCUCUUUUUUGUGGGCAGUUAUUACUACAGUUUUGAUGAGGCCAAAAAGAGUGUGGACUCUGGAUUCCCCAAACGUAUUGAUGAGACAUUUUCUGGUCUGAGAAAAGUGACGGCGGCUUUCCAAUACAGAGGUUUUACCUACAUUUACAGUGGACCUUACAUGCUUGAGUACAACUUGGCCACAGGAAGAUUGUUCCGUGUACUGAGAAACAGCUACUUCUUACGUUGCACUAACUUCUAGACCAAAGUUUAUUUGGAAGCUACUCGUGUAAGAAAUAUUUCAGUAUUGUUGUCACUAAAUAUAUAUUUAUAAUCCAAACUAUGAAUUUCCCCCUCCCAAGUAAUCCCCCAGAGUCUAACGUACUUUCCAAGCCUUCUCUGCCACACACUGUCAGUUCCAUCAGGCCAUCCAAAACUUUCAGACAAACUUUAAAAGACAAGAGAGACUAUGAGUCAAGCAGAGUUGUCUUUUCUCACGAGCAGAGCGCACGAAUGUAAUCCAUUAUGAUCUCAGACCAGCUCUGGAGCUGAGAUGUUUAAACAGUUACAGUCUCGGUACAGCUCUGAAAAGCUACGCUCUCU